GUCCAAUGUGCUGUUCUUACUUUGGAAAUCCGAAGACUGUCGGCUACUGCGGCGAGGAUCGUAUUCUUAAGAGUAUGUGUAACGACCCUUGCAGCUGCAUGCAGAAACGACCCAAUCCCAUGAAAGGCCAGUGUCUGGACUGCGGACCGACGCACAGCAGAACCCGAGGGGCCUCUCACGUCUCACGCCGCACUUCUCGUCAUGUCAGCCCAGUGUGGCUUCUGUUCUCCCUUGUGUUGCAAAUUGUGGUCAACCUCCUGCAUCGUCGCCUCCUUCGUUGGCCGUAACAGCGACAAGGUUUUCUUUCCGCUCGCAUAAUUCAUUGUGAUGCUGGCUCAAUAGAGUUCCGCACCGAUUGCUCAUGAUCGAAGCCUUUUACGAGUUGCAAGGCCUAGAGUCUUACGCACAAUAUUCGUGUAGACAACAUGCUUUCUAAUAUUCUUCCGAGAGGUGAUCUGCUUCUCUUUCUCCUACAGGCCUUCACGGCGCUUGCCGACGAUGACCUAGCCGUCAUUGGGGAAGCCGUCGUUUUACCUCAGGGAUUCAGCCCUCGCUUCUUUGACGGAUCUUUGCCAAUCCAGCCACUUGGGCGGCGACAAGAUACCGGAACUUGCGCAAAUGGGAGUCACCGCUGCGAAGAGAUCGGUACCGCAGGCGCGAACAAAUGCUGCGGCGUCAAUCAGUACUGUUACUACAAGCCGGAUUGGGAAGUAGGAUGUUGUGGUCUCGGGACGACUUGCGACCCGCAAUGCACGGGGACUUCCUACCGGACAAACGCAACGCUCACAGUAACGUCAACGUCUUCACUCUCGGCCACUGGCUCUGAUGCAACUACUACUGGAAUUGGCACUCUAGACGAGACAGUUAUCACUACUACGGUUCCUGGAUGCGUAGCACGCGCGUGUGCCGUAUCGGCAUACAGGUGUCCAUUAUCAAUGGGUGGUGGAUGUUGCGACAACAGCCAGGUAUGCGCAUCAAACACGCAAUGCCUCGAGAGCCUGUCAACAACGCCAACCCUCGUUCCCACGAGGGGCUGUAGCGGCACGCCCAGUGCGACGGACUGUCCCAGCGACGGAGGCUGCUGUUUGCGAGGGCAAACCUGCGUCUCCAUCGGCAGCACGCUGGGCUGUACGGGCACCGCUGACCCGCCUGCCGGCACAAACGGGACCGUGACGACCAACACAGGGCUGUCCCAGAGCGCCAAAGCCGGCAUCGGCGCCGGGGUCGCGAUAGGCGCGGCGAUAGUUAUAGGAGCAUUGACAUGGUUCUGCAUCCGCCGGCGUCGUGACGAGCGCGAGCGCACGGCUGGCGAGCGAACCCGCACCGUAACUCCGGGGCCUGACAGCACCCUCGGGGGUGGUCAUGCCGGCGGCGGGAUGUCAGAGAUCAGUGGUCCCUCCGGCCGCCAGCGCGUCCACCGGAACGGCACUGCGUACGAGUAUCUCGGCCCCAACGCCGUGUCGGGUCCUUACACACAGCGCGAUGACGACAACACGCACAGUCACACAACGCCUGAUCUGCGCGACCGCGGCGGCGUGCUCGUGAGCGGGCCGCAGGACCCGAGCGACAUUCGCCAUCCCGUGGAGAUGGACUCCUCAUCGACGAAACCCGCAGCAGUGGCCAGAGGAGCCAGCACCAAAUCCGCGGCUACGAGGCGGUCAGAGGCGGUGCCGCCACCGGGCGGAGAGGAGGGCGUGCUCUAUGAGUUGGAAGGAAGCCUCUUCCCGGAACCCAGCCCCAUGAGUCCUGAUGAUCUCCCUUCAGCCCAGAGCCAAACUCCGGGCAGUAGUCAGUUCUUUACACCAGCAAGCCCAGGACUGAUAUCACCACCGGGUGGGACCAUGAGGAGCGAUUACAUGGGUGAGAUAUGGAAUGAGAAGAAAUGACGAGGAGGCACAUGUUUCAAGAUGAUCUCGAUUGGCCUCUAUUACACCUAUUUCCAAUAUUACAAUAGAACGAAUAUGAAUGACAGUACCCUGAUCCCUAGACUUUU